AUGUCAAAGGAUACUUUUGGGGAUGAUGACAGUGAAGAGGAAGACAACAGUGUUGACCUCAGUUGUGUUGAAUCAGUGGUUGUGGAGAUUCCUGGUAAUUAAGACACAGUAGACUUUUUAUAUAGCUGUAAACUGUUUACAAUAAUAGGCAUACAGGUACCAAACCUAAAUUAUUGAACCAGUUAGUGAUGUUGUAUUGAAUUAUAAAUUUAAGAAUAGAAAAGUUCCUUUGAAAUCAGUUGGAGAUUUGAUACUGAAAAGAACAAAAGUCAGCCACAUGGAGGGAUAAUGAGGGGAGGGGAAGUUUGUUGAAAAUUCAGCUGGAGGCUGCCUGAAAGAAUUCAUUUCUGCCACUUGGUUAUAGGAGUAAAUUAUUUUUUUAAAGAAAAAAUUAAAUUCACAUGCACAAAUUAAACUUCCAUCUUAUAUUAGGUGGUGAUGAGCCGUCCAGUGAAUCUUCACCAAUUGUUGUGGAUGUUACCGCACUACGAUCUCAAAGUGAGCCACAACCUACCACGGAAACGCCCAAAGACCCAAAAAUGGGAUUCCCAUUGAGGUGCAGGAAUUGCAUGUCGAGGUGCUAAAGUUAGAGAAAGAAAAAAUGGAAAUUGAGAAGGAAAACCUUCUCAUAAAACUGGAGAAAACUUCAGAUAAAAACUGGAGCUACAAGUGGAGCUCCUUCAAAGAAAAGUUAAUGACAAGGAUCACCAGUCUAAUAAAGAAUCAUUUGAAUGCCCAUGCUCACCAAUCUUUUAAACUGUUUCUAUUUUCGUUAUUUAUAAGUUUGCAUGCUGAUAAAUGUAAUUUGAUAGUAUACUGUUACCAAAUUUUCUUAAGAAUGCCAUUCUUCAAUUGUAAGCAUCACUCAGAAACUGCAACCCCAUUAUUACACAUGUCACCCAACUGCGGCAUUCUAUCAAAAAUUUGUAUCGUGCAACUCCAUUCCCACAAACAGCUACAACCACACCUACAUAGUAUGAGUGUUUCAAGCGCCAAUCUAAAGAAAACUAGAGCCCGUUAUUUUUUGUUUGGAUUGGUUAGCAGUAAGGCGCGUAAAUACAAAUUUGUUUUCAUUUUGUAGACUUUUUAUUUCUUUCAUCGUGUUUUAUUACGUUUCUAUUUAUGGUUGUUUUAUUUCGUUUGUGGACAAAAGUAAAGAUAUUUCUUGUGUUUGUAAAACUCGAAUUUCUGGACGUUUUUGUCCUUCCAAAUCCUAUGAAAAUAAUUUUGAAAGCCGCUGUAAAAUUUUUUAUUCGACUCUACGAAGAAAACUUUGUGAUAGAUGCGUGUAUUUUGUUUGUCACUUAGUUUACGUAAAAUUACAUUAUAUAAAAAUUAUAUAUUACAUUAUAUUAAAAUUACAUGGUAUAAAGACGUAUGCACGUGUCACGUGACUAAUUUCUUACUCAAGAUUGGAUAAUUGCUUCAUGAAUUAUUAAUGAGUUUUUGAAAUAUAUAUAUGGAUCUUACCACUGCAUGUAUUAACAUGAGAAUUAGUAAUGAUAUUGUGAUGUUGUAUUUUCCUUGCUGGAAAGACCCAUGACACCUAAUUAAACCACUCGCAUGCUAUUGUUCUUGUGAAAGGUCAAUUCAAUGUCAAAGUUUUACUGAAAUAUUUUGAGGAUUGAUCAGCUAGUUUUUGAAAACAAGGCAUCACCGUACUAUGACUUAUUCUCACAUUAAGAUCCGGUUGCGCCGAAACCUUAACGAUACGAUCGGUUGUGAUGAAGAAACGUACGGUGACUCACAUUCAAGUGAAAAUAGUGUUGAAAAGAAAUCAAACCUAGAAAAGUUAAUAUUUGUUGACAAUAAAUGUAAGUUAUAGCUAUAAACACAUGAUUUCAACGAAUAUAGGCUAAAUUUUGUGUCUAUUGGUCUAUUUCUGUAUUUUUAACGACAGUAAAUUAAACUGACACUCAUGGAAUUUAGUGCACUUGGAGAUUUUAUAGCACAAGUAAAUAUCCUAUGACUUUAUCUGCGUUUUCAUUUGCCCUGGGGCACGUAUAAACGCGGUAUUUGUCGAGGUAUUGAUAUUAUACUGUACGAAAGAUUAUUGCAUAUAAUAUUAUCAAUAAGUUGAUUUCAGAUUUUACAACUAAUUGCAUUUGAAUCGGAUAAUUUUUAUAAAUAGAACGAAUAUAAAUGUCUCGGGACCGAAUCACAGAAUUAAUAUGCUAAAUUAAUGCUUCAAAUCAGUUCAAGGGCCUGUUCACACUACAUUGUUAGAUCGACCCCUCAAAUCGAUCUGGGACAAAGCAUACUGUACCUAGUGUGAACUGUCGCUGAAAACUUGAGAUCGAUCUCAGAUCGAUCUGAGUCAGCUCGCUUGGGGCCUGUUCACACUAAGAUCGACCUGAGAUCGAUCUCAGAUCGAUCUCAAACGUAUUAUUGGAAGAUUCACACUACAUCGAUCCUGGUUAGUCAUUUCAUAUUUUUUUUGCACGGAUCUCUUCAGAAGCACAUCGUCUAACGUCGUAACAAAGUAUGAUCGGUUUUUCAAAACAAGAUGGCGGCAGACGAGGUGGCAGAGAUAUCUUCUGUCGUUUUGGCCAAUAUAAUUGCUAAUUACGAGAAAAAUAUCGAAAGGAAUCAUGUGCGUUUUAGGAAGCAGUUUUUAAAAAUAACGAAUCAAUUGAGAAGAAACGCUAUUUUUGUAUUUUCGAGCAUUUGGUAAUCGAUUAUUCACUGAAAGAAGGUUUUUGGUUCAAGAAAGUAGAGACAUUGCGUCUUUUUGGGAGAAAACGGUUGCUCUUUGGAAAGAGGACAGUCUUUGGCUUGAAAACUUUCGAAUGUCUCGGGGAACUUUUGAUUUCGUGUGUCACAAGAUAUCUGGUAAUCUUUUGCGUCAAGACACAACCUUCUGAAAAGCUAUAUCUGUCGAAAAAAGAUUUGCAAUUUGCUUAUGGCAUUUGGGCACUGGAGAAGAUUUCCCUUCUUUAGCAUGGCGCUUUGGUGUUGGAAAGAGCACAGCUUGUGAAAUUGUGAAUGACGUUUGCAAAGCAAUUGUAGAUGUUCUACUCUCUACAGUCUUGAAAUGGCCAACUGGUGGAGCGCUACGCACUGUCCUUGAUGGUUUUCUCCAGGUCUGGGGUUUUCCGCAAUGUGCAGGAGCAAUCGAUGGCACGCAUAUUCCCAUUGUUGCACCACCGCAAUCAUCAACAGAUUACUAUAAUAGAAAGAGUUUUUACUCUAUCGUUCUGCAGGCUGUGGUUGAACACAAAUACAGGUACAACAACACCUGA